GCGCCGCCGCCGCCGCCGCUGCUGACCCUGCAUACUAUUUAAAUCUGUCAUUUCAAACGGGAUGAAAGCCAAUUUUUGCUUCGUUUUGCCCCCAUGUUCCUUCCUCCUGUUUCUUCUGCCAGGAGGCUCCUGUUCAGAUGCAGAGCACAGGCUCUUCUCUGGGAUAUUCUCCAACUACAACCAGUACAUACGACCCGUGGAAAAUGUGACCGACCCAGUCAUUGUACAGUUCGAGGUGUCCAUGUCACAGCUGGUCAAAGUGGAUGAAGUCAAUCAGAUCAUGGAGACAAAUCUGUGGCUGAGACAUAUCUGGAAUGACUACAAACUCAGAUGGAAUCCAAAGGAUUUUGGAGGUGUCGAGUUUAUCCGGGUGCCGUCCAACAGGAUAUGGAAGCCAGACAUUGUGCUCUACAACAAUGCAGUCGGAGAUUUCCAGGUUGAUGACAAAACAAAGGCCCUGCUUCGGUACAAUGGUGAUGUCACCUGGAUCCCUCCAGCCAUAUUCAAGAGCUCCUGCAAGAUUGACGUCACCUACUUCCCCUUCGACUACCAAAACUGCACCAUGAAGUUUGGCUCCUGGACGUACGACAAGGCCAAGAUCGAUCUGGUGCUAAUUGGCUCAACUAUUAACCUCAAGGAUUUCUGGGAGACCGGCGAGUGGACGAUCAUCGAUGCCCCUGGUUACAAACAUGACAUUAAGUACAACUGCUGUGAGGAAAUCUACACGGAUAUCACUUACUCAUUGUACAUCCGCCGCCUGCCACUUUUCUACACCAUAAACAUGAUCAUCCCCUGCCUUCUCAUCUCCUUCCUCACCGUGCUCGUCUUUUACCUGCCGUCUGAUUGCGGCGAGAAAGUCACUCUGUGUAUCUCCGUCCUGCUGUCUUUAACUGUCUUCCUCCUCGUCAUCACAGAGACCAUCCCCUCCACCUCACUAGUCAUCCCCCUGAUUGGUGAGUACCUCCUCUUCACCAUGAUCUUUGUCACCCUCUCUAUUGUCAUCACUGUCUUUGUGCUGAACGUACACUACCGCACACCAAAGACCCACACUAUGCCCUGCUGGGUGCGAACUGUAUUCCUGGGGCUGCUGCCCAGGGUGAUGUUCAUGACUAGGCCAGAGAGGGACCCUGAGAUGGUGGCAGCGGCCAGCAAUGUUCAGACGGUGCAUUCAAGGCCCUGUGCCAUUCAUUCAUCAGGUACUUUGCAGAAGCAGCACAAACCUCAGGCCCUGGCCUCCAGCGUGGUGUCCAGCCUGACCAACCGCCAACGGCUUUUCAACAACACAGAGCUCUCCAAUCUCAAUAACUUAAGUGGAGACCCGGCCAAAGGUGCAGGCUCCACCUUCUUGUGCUGCGAGGGCCGUUGCAACUGCUGCUGGCACCAGAGAUCCAGCAAACUGCCUGCGGACUCUGGGGGAGGGAGUGGAGGGCUGGGCAGCUUGGGGGCACUGACUGGAGGCAGUGCUGUUGGGGUCGGAGGGGAAAGUCAGUGCUCCAGCUCAGAAUCUCUGGAUGGAGGAAUAAUGUCCCUGUUGCCGCUCUCACCUGAGGUCAGAGAGGCUAUUGAGAGUGUCAAAUACAUAGCAGAGAACAUGAGACUACAGAAUGAAGCGAAGGAGGUUCAGGAUGACUGGAAGUACGUUGCCAUGGUUAUUGACAGGAUCUUUCUUUGGGUUUUUGUCCUUGUGUGCAUCCUGGGAACAGCUGGCCUCUUCCUCCAGCCUCUAUUACUUGGGGAUGACAUUUGAAUCAGUUUGAUCAAACAAAUACUUCAAUGCUGCUGAACUGCACAGCAUUCGUUACAAAUACAAUCUCACCAUGGCUCAGACAAAGGAUCCAAGGCCAAGAAGAAAAGAUGACUGGUUUAGUGACUGUGUUUUCACAGAAGAAUUAGAUGAUUUUUGCGUGGGGAAGUGGUAUAAGGACUCUCACAUGCUGAGAACAUGGCUAACAAACAAUGGUAAAGACCAUGCUGGUUAGUUGUUUCAUUUUGUAGAAAAUAGUUCUGCAGUAAAUGUCAAUAUAAUCUAUAAUACCAAGGCAAAACUUUUGCAGAAUCAGUUGUUUUGAUGAGUAAUACAUGGGAAGAAUGAUUACAUUUACUGAACUUGAGGUAUCCAAUUUCACAGUGAGCAAGUAUGUACAUACAUUCACAAAUGCAACCAUUAUGCCACACUAGAAAGCUCAAUAUUUUAAUCACCACUAUGUUCUAUAACAUGUAAAUCUUGAACAUUUUCUUCUCUAAAUGUUAAGUUCACAUUGAGUGCCAUGCCAAAUAUAUAUGUGUGUGUGUGUGUUUAUGGAGAUAGCAGAGAAAAAAUAAAAAAGAUUUCAGAAACAUGGAGGUGUAUGUUUCUGAGAACCAAGCAGGGAUGUUGACUGUGCUCAAAGGGUGACAUCAUGUGGUAACUUUUUGCUACUACAAACAAUAACAAGGCUUUCUGAUUGUUAAAGGGGAUAUGUCACACAUAUUGUCAUAAUCUCUGUUGUAACAUAAUCUCACUUGUAACAUUCAUGAAAGGUUAGCACUAUAAGGCAUAAAAUGCUGCUUGAUCUGGAUCGCCUGUCCUCCUGGAACGGCUGAUAGGAGACAAUGUCAUCUAGAAUUUUUUGAUCAUUUGAAUUUGAUAUUUACAAUUUACAAGUAUUCCAUGUACAAAGAGAAAAAAUCUCUUAUAAACAUACACAUUUUAGUUCU